CGUUACCCGACUUCUCCUACCAGUCUCAUUCGCCUAACCACUCUUCUUCUCACCAUGGAUAAUUGAGGAGGCUAUCAGAAUAUCAAACAUGCCAUCGCGUACACGGCCGUCCUCGUCGCGCGGGUUCAGCCGCCAAUAUCGCAUGAACCUUCAGCGAACCGAGAUGGAAGCACUGCUCGCCUCCCGGCACGAUGAAGAGGAUAUGGCCGAUAGCGACGGCCUGUACCCGCCGCACUGUACUUGGACCAGCGCUCAAGAGGAGCCACCGCCCGCAGCAGACCCGUACAAGAAUGCCGAUUGUCAAGUCUACGAAAACAUUCAUAGAAUUCGAAGAGAUGUCAUCAGUAGCAUAGAUGACCCGUACUCAUUGGAUCAACUCAAAGCGCCGCGGAUGAACAUCUCGGUAGUUCGUCCCUUGGUCGAUGCUCUUUACGAGAUGCAAGACCUAUCAGUCGUUUACUGUCUUCUCGUCAACCGAAUGCAAUUCAUUCGUGAACAAUCCUUCGCAACACACCAUCAAACGGUCAACCUGACGCGAGCAUUGUUAUGCGAACUCGUCGCCGAGAAGAUUCUACGUCGAUACAAUGAACAAAAUCCCGGGCCGAGAGGACUCCUGAAACUUGCCAACAUCCUCGUCGCAGGCUUCGAGCCCUUUCAGGGCGCUCCCGAAGAGGUCUGCAAGCAAAGCGUCCAUGCUAUGCAUUGGGCUGCCCAGAGAAAAGGCGGCAGGAUCGAGAGGAAACUCACCGCCCUCGAAGUCGCAAUCAUCAGCGUCAGCAAAAGUUUCCUAGCUAGUAGUGCUUGUCAGAAAGUUGUCGAUGCAAUUUAUCGAGGGAAGCUCGUUUAUACGCCAAAUAGUUUCAUCGAUAUCAUCCCCGACCAUUGGAAGAAGAGGCCGAUUUCGUUGUACGACCCUAGGAGGGCACCGUUAUUGAAUCAAUACCGGCUGAUAGUACCCCGGACACGGAAUCUUGUGGAGCUUUCCCACUUCAUUCUCCUGCUGGCCUUGUAUAUUGCCGUCAUGGCAGGACGAGAAAGCCGAUUGAGGACCGAUUACUCGCUGGUGGAAGGUGUCUUUGAUGUCUACUGCGCUGGUUGGGUCUUGGACCAAUUUGCCACGAUUCUCGAACAUGGAUGGGGUGUAUACACGCAGAAUUUGUGGUCUUUCUUGGAUGUGGCGUUCUCGCUGAUCUUUCUAGCGUAUCUGGUCAUGCGGCUUCAGGCGUUCCAGUUUGCCGAUGCGCAUCGAAGCAUAUGGUGGGCUCGAACUGCUCUCGAUAUUCUGAGCUGUGGUGCACCGGUGCUGGUACCACGACUGGCUUUCAACAUUGCGUCGGAGAAUAUGCUGUUUCUAUCCUUGAGAGCAAUGAUGUCCGAUUUCCUUACAUUAACCGCCCUUGCGGUAUGGUGCUUUGCAGGUUUUUUGUUGAGUUUGAAGUGGCUUCAUGCCGGAGCACAUCAGUCUGUUACCAUCGGCAAAUGGAUGAUCUGGAUCUGGUUCGGUCUCGAUGGCACGGGAAUCGACAGGUCCACCGAUUUCCAUUGGCUCCUUGGACCCGUCUUGAUGGUUCUGUUUGCGUUUCUGGGCAACACCCUCUUCUUGACCAUCCUUGUGUCAAUGUUGACCAACACGUUCAGCAGCAUCGCCGGCAACGCUAUUCAGGAGAUUCAAUUUCGACGCGCGGUUCUCACCUUUGAAGGAGUAAAAUCUGAUGCCAUCUUUGCUUAUUGGCCCCCAUUCAAUAUCCUCGCUCUUAUCGUCAUGCUACCAUUGAAGACGGUGGUAUCAGAACGCAUGUUCCACAAGAUCAAUGUGGCUGCAGUCAGGAUUUUGAACUUGCCAACAUUGUUGCUGAUUGCAUGGUACGAAAGAAGGACCUUGUGGGUCAAGGACAAGAAAUCUAAACAGAAGCGAAUCGACUGGAGAAAUCCUGGUGGGCCGAUACCCACCAAAGGACAAUAUUGGGAAAUUUCGAGGUUCACUGUCCAUGGUGAUAUCCAUGCAGUGUUCGAUAUUGAACCGCCACAAUCCGUAUUGGACAGGAUUGAGGAGGAGGAUGAUUUAGGACACGUUGACAGAGUUGGAAGAGCGAUGCGAAACAGCCUGAACGAAGGGGUCCAGGAGCUAUCAGCGUCCAGGCGCAAUAGCCAAGCAGUUGAAAGCGAUAAAGGAACUACGGCCAGUCCUAGGAAUCGGAGCAAGAGAGACUCUGACUCAAAGAAACGUGAUAAGUCGAAGUCAGAAUUUGAAGAUUCUGAUAGUGCCAACGAUGAAGGGGACCAUCCACGAGGUUACAGGAAGGUUGAGAAAACAGAGAGGAUGGAUUCGCUCGUUGACUUGAACGAUGACGGUGAUGCAAAUAAUCGACUGCUGGAGGCCAAUGCCAGAUUGCACAAGAUGGAGGAGGCCAUGAUGAGAAUGGAAGCUCUACUCACACAACUGGUCAAGGCUGAUGAUGCCAGUUCGGAGAACAGUGAGGGCAGGCAGGAGUUGGCGGAGGAAAUGCGGACAAACUCCUUGCAAUGA